AUGCCGCAGUACAUGUCUAGGGACGGCGGCGAUCCGUCGCAAAUUAAGAAGAACAAGCAAUCGAUGGCCGAUCUCAAGUUGCGACGUCUGACCGAGCUCAACAACAGGCUGCGGGAGGAUUUGGAGCGGGAACGCAUCCCAGUAUCGCAGGCUGCUAAGAGCAUAAUCGCGUACUGCAACAGCACAAGAGACUACAUGGUUCCGUCGUUCGCCCAGGAGCUCCUCUCGACCUUCUCGACCGGCCUCGGCGAAGUGUCGCUCCAGCCAUCCACAGGCGGGACCUUCGUCGUCGAGAUCUUCUUCGCCUCCGCAGCAGACCCUGCCUCUACAGCAGACGCAACUCCGUCCGCGCCCUCGGUACAGCAGCGCGUACUCUGGGACCGCAAGGUCGACGGCGGCUUCCCCGAGACGAAGGAGCUGAAGCGGCGGGUGCGCGACAUGAUCGAGCCGGGACGCAACCUGGGCCACGUGGAUAGGGACUAUUCGAAGAAGACGAAGCAGCCGGAGUCGCAGAUACAACCCCAAUCUUCUUCGGCUGAGGGACCGGAUAAGGUUGGCGAAGAUAGCGGCACGAGCAAGACAGAUACGUCGGCGCGUGAGGCGCCCAUACAGAAUACUACUACGUCCGUAGACGACAAACAGCAGUCGCAACAGGGCGAAUGCGAGGAUUGCAAAUGA